AUUUUCAUAAUAUCAUAAUAAACUUAGAAGCUUAUUUUUCCGGUACCCCCUCGGGCUGAGGGGUAAUUUCCCUUUCCUUGCGAAAAAUCAUACCGCGCAGACUCGUACAAAAUGGCGCCUUGUAUCCAUGAAGUAUGUACUAUUCGUGCUCCCCGUUUACCGAUCGAUACUAAUGGAGGAUUCGGAUUUUUCGGGGUCCCUUGUGCAGUCGGUGAUUUUUGUGAAUAUAGUGUCUGGUUAAGUGAGAAAGUCUUAAAAAGUGUAGUUUUGAAGCAGUUACAUCACUGCGAGUUCAGAAGACUUCAGUUGAAGCCGCAAGAUGUGUUUCAAAUCACGCAGGCAUUAAUUGGAGAGAACUGAGCGUGUUAACAUAGGCGUGCAAGUUACGCUUUAACCCUCAGUUUGUACUCCAAUGGUCCUGGAGGUGAGGCGUCGCGAUCAAGACCAGGACUACGAAUAUCACAUCAUGAAUUCUGCCGUCAGCACCGAGUCUAUGGACAUGACAGAGGAGGAUAUGUCUCAAGUGGAUGGGUGCGGGCUGAGCGGGGCGUCCGAUGAUGAGGACGACUGCGCCUCAUCACCCGCCGGGUCCAACUAUGAUGACAGCGCUGACAUCAUCAAGAACGCGAUGAGCGAUGAAGUCACCAAACAGCUCGCCGCUGCUGGACCGGUGGGCAUGGCCGCGGCCGCCGCAAUAGCGUCGUCCAAGAAACGCAAGCGACCACACUCCUUCGAAACAAACCCGUCCGUUAGAAAACGUCACCAGAACAGAUUGCUCAGGAAAUUAAGACAAACAAUAGAAGAGUUCGCUACCCGCGUGGGCCAACAAGCGGUGGUGCUGGUGGCCACGCCGGGGAAGCCCAACACCUCGUACCGGGUGUUCGGCGCGAAGCCGCUGGAGGACGUGGUCCGGAACCUGCGCUGCAUGAUCAUGGAGGAGCUGGAAAACGCGCUCGCCCAGCAGUUCGGGCUGGGCGGCUGCCCGCAGGCGCCGCCGCCGCCGCAGGACGACCCGUCCCUGUUCGAGCUGCCGCCGCUCAUCAUCGACGGCAUCCCUACGCCCGUCGAGAAGAUGACGCAGGCGCAGCUGCGCGCCUUCAUACCGCUCAUGCUCAAGUACUCCAUGGUUCGUGGGAAACCGGGCUGGGGCCGUGAAUCGACGCGGCCGCCCUGGUGGCCCAAGGACUUGCCGUGGGCCAACGUACGCAUGGACGCGCGCUCAGAGGACGAGAAGCAGAAGAUGUCAUGGACGCACGCGCUGCGGCAGAUAGUCAUCAACUGCUACAAAUAUCACGGCCGUGAGGAUCUGCUGCCAGCGUUCACCGAGGAUGACGAGAAGGGCCCACCCACACAGCCCAUAUCGGCAUGCAUGCCGUCGGCGACCUCAGUGGGGGGCUCGGGCUCGGGCUCAGGCUCCGGCUCCGGCUCGAGCUCGGGCUCCCGCUCGGCCCAGCAGGCCGUGCUGUCGUCGCAGCAAGUCUGCAUCGACCAGAUGACGCUCGCCGACGUCGAUAUGUCGCAGUACGCGCCAGCCGUUCUACAAACGAUCACCAAUCCGGACGGGACGGUCUCGCUCAUACAGGUGGACCCCAACAACCCCAUCAUCACGCUGCCAGACGGCACCACCGCGCAAGUGAUCCACAGCGGAGAAGCGGGCGUGGUACAAGCGCUGGACGGUGAAGGUGCGGUGGCCGUGGACCUCAACGCAGUCGCUGAAGCCACACUCAAUCACGACGGACAGAUUAUACUCACCGGGGAGGAUGGACACGGUUACCCGGUGUCCGUGUCGGGCGUGAUCACCGUGCCGGUGUCGGCGUCGGUGUACCAGUCGAUGGUGGCGUCCAUGCAGCAGCAGGACGCAGUGUGCGUCGCCCCCCUCGUGCAGGUUGAACAGAAUGGUGAAGCGUUGGAAGCGAUAUCUAUGGGUGGUGGAGUGGCGCAGGUGAUGCUGCAAGGCGGCGGCGAAGCACAGGUGUUGCAGGUCCUCAGUCUGAAAGACGCCACCGUGCUCACCAAGGCUAUGCAACAAGUAAAAGCGGAGCGGGACGCCGUGGUGGCAGAUUCCUAGCUGCUAAGUUUGGUGGCGACGUCCCCGCCACCGGAGGCCUCGCCCGACUGCCCCGACCUCCUCGCGGAGAGGACAUAGCCCCCGCACCCGACACUGCCGCGGUACAUACUCGACGACGCGUUCGUAGACGGCUUCUACCAGAAGGGAACCGCCUCGUAAACAGUGUACAAAACACCACACAGUGUAAUCACAAACUUUAGUACACAUUUUCCCAAAAACUACUAUUGAAGGUAACGAAAAUUUGUACAGUUUUAUAUUAUUUAUAGUUUUACAUCGGUGUUAAUGAUAUCUAAUUGUAAUAGGACUUGCAAAGUUGACACUUAAUAUUAAGUCAGUCGUUGGGAAAAUGUGUAAUUAUAUACAAUAGUUUAAUUAAUUUGGGACAAGUGCUACAAGCACUCGCUUACAACCGGUAUUGUCGGAAUGUGCGGGGUGAUAAAUAAAUUAAAUUUUAGGCGUAUAGUGAAAUGUCCAGUGAUCUUUUCAGUGAUUUCAGAGUGAUUUUAGUCUGGAUACUAUACAGUUUUGCUAUAUAAUAAAUUAUUUAUGUCACUCUAAUCUGGUCAUUAUGUUAAUAGUAAAUUAUUCUAAUUAUUUAUCAAUAUUUAUUUUUAAUAAACAAAUCGUUAUGAGGGAAACAGAUUUGUGCAAUAUACACUGACGAAAAUGAUGUAUAGAAGAACUUUAUUAUUUUUUUUUAAUCCAGUUUUUUUUCACAUUGAAAGUUUUAAUUGGAAGAGUGUAGUUUAUUCGCAAUUUUACAUGCAUAUUUAUUACGAUUAUACAUUCCUUAAUUUUAUUUAUUUAAGAAUUUGUUGAGAUAAUUGUUGUUUGUUUAAUUUAUUUAAUGGAUUAUGUUUGUUAGUCUUGCCACGUAUUCUAGUCAGGCACAGAGUACUUACUCUACAACUCUAGUCUUACAAAGUACCUACUAAGUAAUGAAAGUUAAUAAAAAUUUCAAUAUAAAAUUUUACCAUAUUUGUGUACUCUGUGUAAGUUUUGUAAUAUACCUAACUAGAUGAAUUAUUAUGUGUAAUUAAAUAGUCCAUUGUAUGGUAUAUUGAUGAGAAGAGGGGAGGAAAUUUCGUGCGCAGGGUUGUAUUACACUAUGAAAUUAGGAUCAAUGUUUUAAAAAAAAACUAAUAUGUAUAGAUGUAAUUUGAAAUUAUAGCUAUAUAUCUAUACAAUAUAGAAAUCUGACAUUUUAGAUCUGUUUUGCGUCGUUCCAGUGUCUACCAUUGGCAAUUUUUUAAUUGGAAAUUCGCGUUAAACGUUAAUAUUAAUUAUGAUAUAUUUGGAACUAGCUCGUAAGGUAGAAGUCAUAGCAGAGUACAAAGUGAGCGAGUAAUGAUACGAAAUGCUAAUUAUUCAGUGAAAAGACAAGGAACGAGUAUUAUUUGUGUUUUGUUGGUUGACACGUGCAUUAUUUUAUUUUGAUGUUUAUUUUAUUUGACCAAAGAGAAACAUUGUGUUUUAUCCUUUAUAGUAAGAAUUAUAAAGCACAAUUUUGUUGAGUACAAUUUGUGAUUGUAAAUAAUGGUAUGAAUGUGUGAAUAUUGCAAUCAUUAAAGUAU